GCUCCUCUAUAAACGACUUCUUUUAAUGUACGUAACAGAUCAACUUGGUUCUCAUUCAGAGACGGUAAUAUUUAUUAAAUUGACUUCGUUUAAAAUUAAUAAAGUUUUAUAAAAAGAAAUGAAUUUGAUAAUUCGUUCGAUGGUAUUACUAAUGCUAUUCUUGAUAAUUAAUAAUGGUAAAAAUGAAUUUGCUGAAGCAACGUUUAAUUUUAUAAGUGAUUUCAUACAAUACAACGUAGCUGGUAUACCUGUUAUACACCAAGAAACUAAAUGGAAAUUUGAUCCGGAAGUUGGAAAAAAGAGAAGAGCCAAAUACGAGGCAGAAAAUGGUUAUCAUGGUGAAAAAGCUAUAGCUAAAUUAAGUAUGGGGAUUGGAUAUUUAGAACCAUGGGAUACGGUAGUUAAAAACAAAAACUGACUGAGUAACAUUAAAAGGAAAUAUUUUUGUUCUGUAAAUAUCAAAAAUGGGAUUUGUAAAAUUAUUCUCUAUAGUAAAUAAAUCAUUCAAACAAAAUAAAUAUUCAGUUAUUUCCUUCCGAUUUAUGACCCAUUUACGUAAAUAAUAUAAUUAAUAAGAAAAUGUACGUUAAAUAAUUAACGAAACAUAUUAGGAUUAAUAGUUGACUUUGAUAAAUUUGAAAAAGCGCAUCUCACUAAAAAUGUUAUGAUUCAUAACAUUGACGAUGUGACUAAGAUUAACUUUUAUAUAUCAUGUGAUUGCGAUAUGAACAAAGUACGACAUACUUCGAACUUUCACUUUGAGUUUGCUUAGAGAAGGAGGACAAAUGAGUGGGGAAACAAGUAAGGUAAAGGCAAUGAAGGUAGACAUCGAUGAACCAGACACACGUCGAAUACACAUCUAUGAUGUGCUAUUUUGAUUUGUUUCUUACCAUUAUUUACAGUGUGUAACUACCUCACGUUAAAAUUGUUACAUAUUAAGUUAAACGAGAGAAGCUCCAACUAAAUAUAAUGGGGAGACAUACGGUAAGUACAAUUAUCCAAAAGAAUAUAAAAAAACAAUUUUUAUAACGUAAAAUCAUAUCGUAUCUUCGACUUAUGUGUACAGAUGAUGACUAAAAUUAUAUUAUUAAUGAUCGUUACUGUACUUUUCGGACUAAUUGCCGAAAACAAGGCCACGAUAGCGCAACCAAAGGCACCGAAUUUCCAAUAUUUUGAACGGUAAAAUAUAUCGGAAACAUUUCAAGAUCAUGCUCGAUAAGUCUUUAUAUAAAAUCAUUAUAAAGAAAUUAUAGUGUUAUAUCGUUUAAAGGGGAUAUUUAAUAUGAAAGUAGUGUAGACAAGUUAUUAUAUAGUUUUCCUUUAAAAUGUUAAUACACGUAUAUGUAUAUACAAUAAAUAUUUUAUAUCGAUUAAUUAAUUAUUAAACAUGUUUAUAUGAAAAACAAUUAAAAACAUUAUAACAACAUCGAUUACGAAUUAAUAACUUAUCUAUACACUUUCACAAAUAAUUACGUUUUUAAAUACAAAUAAUGUCUCUUUAUGAGAAUGAGAUUUCUCCUUUUCACUAAAUGCGUUUUAAUUACUUUUUUUUUGUUUCUUUUUCUUAGGCCAAAAUAUCGUUAUCCGUAUUAUGACGAGAACGGAAAAGGUAAACUUUUAUACGGCUAUGGAGGUUCUGAUUUGUAUGAAUAUCGAACGUACACUAUUCUCGAAGGUAUACAUUAAUUCUAACAGAAUAAUUAUUUUUUAACAGUGCUCCAUGUCAAUGCAUAUAAUGUGUAUAAGUUAAAAUUCGAUAUUUGCGUUAUACUGUUUCUUUCUCAGAAAUUCUUUUCUAAUUAAAGCAUUAUCAUUAAGCAUAUAAUAACAACAAUGAAUAUUUAUACGAAUUGAUUGACUAUCAUGUAAAUAGAGGUAUAUUUGUACACGAUUAAGCUUGCAACAAUGAGAAAGAAAAAUUAUUUAUUUCUGUAAUCUUUAUUGCUUAGCAUCAAAGAAAACAACGUCUAAAUAGAUCGAAUAUUUUUCAUUUUUGAUUAAUCUAUUGUAAUUCGAUAAAAACUUUUUUCCCGUUGUUGCAAGAAUGCUGCAUUGUUCACUAUGGAAUCAAGGAACAUUACCAGAUCAUUUAUUUUCCACCUAUAAUUAUCUAUAUUCUUAAAGAUAAUAAUAAAUGUAUAAAUUUGUAAA